CUAGAAGCAUUUCUAUCAACGGCUUACCCCAAGUUAACGAGUAGACAAUUCGAGGGAAGUCUCCYGGAAACAUCUGAAUCUCUGUCAAACUUMGUCUAUCAUGGGUACUUUCGAGGCUGCCCAGAAGGAUUCGAAGAGCGAAGACAAGCAAGUCGCUACAACCAAAAAGCCGAAAACAAAACGCCAGCGUAGAAAGGAUCUUCAAAAUAGUGACAAGAACAAAUGGUUGAUCCAACAUCCCAAGAUCCAGUCGAAUGAAAAGAGACAACAAGUCUACAUCAAAGAUGCGGGGUUGAACGAAACGAAAGCCGAAAAACGGCAGGCGCCCAUCGAUCCCAAACUGGACUUGAUGUCUCCCGAGGUGAAAUUUGGGAGACUCUUGGCCGGAACGGAUCAGCGUAAACGACACGCCGCUGUGAAAAAACUCAAAGCGUACCUAAAAGCCCGGUCCGAUAUCUCAGAGGUUGUGGAUGGUGAUGGUUUGGAGAGUACCAGCGGCGGAAUUUCUGAGCUCGAUUUGUUGAAGUUGUGGAAGGCUUUGUGGUACACCCUGUACAUGGCAGAUAAGAAAGCCGUUCAAGAMGAGCUAUCGAAGCAACUUGUUCAAUUAUUGUGGUGUGUUGUUGGAACGGAAGAGGAAGAUGAAUACGCCGGUCGUGCCUACCUCGAAAUGACUGAGGCCGAAGAGCAAGAACUGGAAGAAGGCGACGAAGACGACAGCGAUGGUGAGGAGGAAGACGAUCACGAGGUGACACUUGAAGAAAUCGAGAACACCAUCAAAGAGGAACUGGAUAGCGACGACAAUGGCGAGAUAGAAGAGGAAGAGGACGAGGACGAAGCUAUGGAGGAGGAAGAUCCUGAAGGAUCAGAUGAAAUCAUGGAGUUGAACGAUGAAGAGAUUCCCCACUGUCGGGGUGCGCAUCUGGCAUCCAUCUUUGUCAGGACCUUUUUCCGUACGAUCCGUAGGGAUUGGGGUACGAUGGACAAAUACCGCAUCGACAAGUUUUACACCUUGAUCCGACUCAUGAUGCAUGAGAUAUACGAAUACAUGUCUGUCCGGUCCUGGAAUUAUGGCAUCGUGCUUUUGUUGAACGAUGCCRUUUUUGAGGAAAUACUGAAACAUCCUCCCAACGGAUUGAGAUAUCACUUGAUUGAUUUGUGCUUGGAAGAACUCGCAAAAGUAAACGCCAAGGCGAAGAUUCAACUGACCGAAGCUACGUUUCUGGAUGUCUUGGAACCAUUCUUUGGACUUUGUCAAACUGGCAGGAACGACGAUACCGUCCAGGAGAGGGUCAUGGAAAAGGUGAUGGACAACUUUCUAGAAAACUAUUCCAUCAUAAGCGACAGGGCGCUCAAAGAAGCCGAGGACGAGGAAGACAACGGUACCUCCAUCAUUUUCAGCAACGUCCACGUCAAGACCAUAGCCGAGUUCUUCUUCACCCUCGGAAGCGACCCCGCUACGAAGGACCAWUUCCGCAAGUCGCUGUACGACAUGCACAAAAAAUACAUGCGCCGCCUGAAAAAAAUCGGAAAGGACGUCGAGAUCACAACGGACGAAGACGGGAACGAAAUCUACGAAGGAGAAGAAGAAGACGCAGUUGUCGACGACGUUAACAUCAACAACAUCGACGAAAGCAUCCGCUUCCUCGAAGCGGAGACGGGAGAGAACCAAGAGGAUUCGGAAGACGACGAUGACAUGGGAGACGAUGGUGAGGARCCGGUGGCAAAGGUCGAAGCCGAAAAGCCAAAGAAGGAGUCUAAGAAAAAGAAGAAGAGAAAAUCGAUCGAUCCCGAGCCCGAAUCGGAAGACAACUCCGCGCCCGCGAGUKCCGAAGCAGAGGGCGACAAGAAGAARAAAAAAAAGAAGAAGAAACGAAAGAGCGAUCCCGUGGAAAGCGCUGCAGAGGAAGAGAUUGUCAUCACCCUGACCGAACAGCAGGACGCCAAAAAGAAGGACAGGGACGCCAAGAAGAAACGAAAGGAAGAAAAGGAAGAGYGUGAAAAGGCAGGGGACGAAAAUGCUUCGAAGGGUUCGCGGCGUGUCUCUUUUGGGAAGAAAAACCGGGCCAAGUCCCACAAAGCCUCCAUGAAGGCCCUCCGWACGACGGAAGCCCCCGACACCAGGGAAACAGUCCCCGAGAAAGGAAUCCUCCGGAAGGAGCCGAGACACAAAUCGAGUCUCAAGAAUCCUUCRAAAAAUGCCCGAAAAAAGGCAGUGAACUAUUUUUAGCUCUCCGACUGUGCGAUAGAGACGGGAUCUCUCGAUAGUGUUGCAAUCYAAAACAAGCAUACGGUUUUAUAAGGACGGUSUAACCUGAUCGKUUUGAUCCAAAAAAAGACAGUUUUUGUCAUUCAAGCACUWUUCAUUUCGUACAAUCGUAUCGGCGCAUGAAGAGACUAGUAGUGAAACACUGUUAUUUAUACCACGCCAUGGAUGCAGCCAAUAAUUAUCUAGAAGAUUG